ACCACAAAAUCUUCAAAAUAUUUGUAGAUGCUUAUCGCCAUUAGUAAGGCGCAAAAUGUAUUAUAUGUUUUGUGGCGCAAAGCAUAAAUUAUAAGAUGUUUUGUGUAGUAAAGCAGCUUAAAAAAUGUUGCGGAUGAAUAAGUAUAAGUAGGUAUACGGUAAAAUGUCCCUGAAGUCAAAAUUAGAAAGUAACCACUGUUCUAGUUACUUUGUUUAGUAGUAACCUGAAGAACUAAUUAUUACCAGACGUUCAAAAAAAUGGUGCAGGGAGCUGCCACGUUACUGCGCUUCCAAAUAUGUUUUAUUAUUUUCGGUUUUUUAAUAACAAAUUUGGAGAGUCAACCAACGGUGCCAUGGUAUGAAAAUCUUCCAGCUGUUGCAAUGGACUAUAAAGUACACAUAGAUCCCGGAAAAGAGGACUGUUACUUUCAAUAUGUGAACCCGGGGGCAACAUUUUAUGUUAGUUUUCAAGUGGUUCGGGGUGGAGAUGGCAUGGCUGGUUUUGCAGUUCGACAUCCUUCUGGUCAAAUUGUGCACCCCUAUCAGUGGAAAUCAAACAGUGAAUAUCAGGAUCAAACUUCGCCAGGUGGUUACUAUUCAGUAUGCAUAGACAAUCAGUUCUCUCGAUUUGCUGCCAAAUUGGUGAACAUAUACAUUACGGUGGUCCGAUACGAUAUGUGGGAGAAAUAUACCAAGGAAAUAGACGAGUUGAAUAUGAAUAUGGAGAACUUUACAUCUACUAUUGUCGGUGCAGAGAGGAACAUUAAUGAAAUGUUGCAGUACCAGCAUCAUUCACGAGGAAGGGAAGCUUGGGAUUUUAACUUGUUACAAGAUAAUAAUUCGUAUGUGGUUCGGUGGUCUAUUAUACAAAUUUUGGUGAUCGUUGUUACAACUGCUGUUCAGGUGUAUUUUGUCAGAAAAUUGUUUGAUGUUAAAAGUGGUGGUUAUGGCAGAUCUCGCAUUUAAUUUCAAAAAUCUUUUAGGGUUCACGUUCUUUAAAAGAAAUAAUUUUGUUUUUUAUGCUUUUUCAUUCAUGUUGCUUUUAUAGCUUAGAUUUUUGAAAUAAGAUUUAAAAAAGAAGUCUAAGUUACAGAAACAUUUAAUUUGUUUCAUGCUUCAUUAAUGGAAACGAAAAUAUUUUAAAAGUGAACCCGAUUUUCACCGUGAUUUUAAAAGUGAACCCGAAAAUAAAAUAUAUGACUGACGAUAUGUAAUUCCACAAUUAAUGUAAUCUCUUAGGAAUCUGAUAUGCCACUAUCGGCUGUGUAUUUUUAAAAAAUAUUGUAUCGAUUAAAAUAUAUUAAAUCAUUUUAUAUAUGAAGCUAAAUUCUAUUGCAAU